AUGGUUCUGUUGAUGCAGUCUCCAGAUCUUCUCACGAUGGAUGGCACAUACUUUUACUUCCUUGGAUUACUUGACGGCGGUGGCGAGUCACUGUUCGCACUGCAUGUGAUCAAAAAGCGGUGCAGGAAACGGCUCUGUUGCACAAAACGGCGUCAGCAGGCUAUUGGAGGCUGCUCGCUCACAGACGUGGCACCAUGCCAGUUGCAUCGUAUGAGGAUCCGUGUGCUCAUCAUGCGUUCUUACGGCACUCUUGUUGUAUAUUGGUACAAAGAGUCAGCUACCGUUUCUACUCCUGCCACAUUUGGUCUGGCAGUACGCGUUCAUAGUUGUUUCAAUAGUUAUCUCGACAGUGCUGAUGAUAUUGGGAAUUCGUGGAGAAAUGCUACUGCCUUCCAGUGUUGUGUUAAGUGCAAUGCUCAUUAUACCGGGUAA